AAAAAUGAGAAGUAAGAGUUGUCUUGUGUGUCUUGUAUCUCUUGCUAUUGCUACCCUUUUUGGCAAUGGCACUGCAACUGCAACUGAAAGUGUGAAGCCAAGUCAUUAUGCUUCAACAUUCAACAGAACCCUAUUUCCUUCCACUUUCAUCUUUGGUGUAGGUUCUUCUGCUUACCAGGCAGAAGGAGCAAGUAAUGUAGAUGGAAGAGGACCAUGUAUUUGGGACACCUUCACUGAACAGCAUCCAGAAAAAAUUUGGGAUCACAGCACUGGUGAUGUUGGAGCUGACUUUUAUCAUAGCUACAAGAGUGACAUAAAAUUGGUGACAGAAAUUGGGAUAGACUCCUUCAGAUUCUCCAUCUCUUGGUCAAGAAUAUUCCCCAAAGGCAAAGGAACCGUUAAUCACUUGGGUGUUAAAUUCUACAAUAAUCUCAUCAAUGAGAUUAUAUCAAAUGGUUUAAUACCUUUCGUCACUCUUUUCCAUUGGGACUUCCCACAAGCUCUUGAAGAUGAGUAUGGGGGAUUUCGUAGUCAUAAAGUGGUGGAGGAUUUUGGUAGAUAUGCUGACUUUUGCUUCAAGACCUUCGGAGAUCGAGUGAAGCAUUGGGUGACUCUGAAUGAACCCUUAUCAUAUAGUCUGAAUGGUUACAGUGGUGGAACCUUUGCACCAGGUAGAUGUUCUAAGUACGCUGGGAAUUGCAGUGCUGGUGACUCGGCCACCGAACCCUACAUCGUUGGACACAACCUCUUACUGGCUCAUCAAUCUGCUGCCACCUUGUACAAGACAAAAUACCAGGCUCAUCAAAAGGGACAAAUUGGGAUUACCUUACCGACUCACUACUUUUUGCCGAAAUCUCAGAGUGUUGCUGAUGAGGGAGCUGCAAGUAGAGCUCUAGACUUUUUCUUUGGUUGGUAUGCUCAUCCGGUUACAUAUGGUGACUAUCCUGAAAGUAUGAAAUCUUUAGUGGGUGCUAGACUUGCUAAAUUCACAAAAGCUGAAUCUGAAGGCCUAAGAAAAUCCAUCGAUUUUCUUGGUGUGAAUUACUACACCACAUAUUAUGCAGAAAAUGCUGCACCAGUCACCACCAACAGGACCUUCUACACAGAUAUACUAGCCACUCUAACCAGUAAGCACAUAUUUCAAAACUAUGUGAAUUACUGUCUUUAUAAUAUUUUUUAACAGAGAACUGACAAACACAAGCAACAAUUUUCUCUUGAUCAUAGCGGAAAAGAAUGGUGAAGCUAUUGGAACUCCGGUGCGUAC